CGCGCCAAAUCGGCACACAACUUGAGCCACUACCCAACGCUGCAGUAGUUAGGUGAAGGUGAUUCACACAGGGUACAUUUGCUCGAGUUCCUUGAUGCAAAACUUGUAAAUCUGUUGUUGAUUCAAGUCUCCUGUUUACAAUGGUCUUCAGUGACACAUCUGCCCACAACAUGGAGAUAGCUCAAAUGAAAAGUGCAAUAACUGAAGCAUCCAAAGUCUUGGCAGAGAUGUACAAGAGACAUCUUGAUCAGGAGACACCAGAUCUUAAAGAGUUUCGGGGACUUGCUGGUCUGAGGCCAAAGGUUCGGAAGUUUGUUGAGGAAAGCAUUCGUUUAUGCCAGCCAUCAGACAUUCACAUCUGUGAUGGCAGUGACCGAGAACUCAAGAAUCUCCUUAACAUCAUGCAGAAGGCUGGAAUGAUUGAACCUUUAUCUAAAUACACCAACUGUUGGCUUGCCCGCACUGACCCCGGAGACGUAGCUCGCGUGGAAAGCAAGACAUUUAUUGUCACCAGGGACCGUUGUGAGACCAUUCCUACCCCAAAGGAAGGUGUCAAGGGUCUUCUGGGCAAGUGGAUGUCACCUGAUGAUCUUAAGAAAGCUAUUCAAGAUAGAUUUCCUGGAUGCAUGGCUGGCAGAACCAUGUACGUCGUGCCCUAUUCCAUGGGUCCAGUAGGUUCACCUUUGUCAAAAAUUGGUGUUGAAAUAACCGAUUCUCCAUACGUUGUUGCUUCCAUGCGCACAAUGACUAGGAUGGGAGAGUCUGUCUUAGAUACUCUUGGAGAUGAGGAUUUCGUCAAAUGUCUUCAUUCUGUGGGAUGUCCACUUCCACUCAAGAAAAACCUUGUCAACAAUUGGCCAUGCGAUCCUGAACGCACCAUUGUCACCCACGUUCCAGAGACAAAAGAAAUCAUCUCCUUCGGUUCAGGAUAUGGUGGAAAUUCCCUCCUGGGAAAGAAAUGCUUUGCUCUCAGAAUUGGUUCUACAAUUGCAAAGAAGGAAGGCUGGUUAGCUGAGCACAUGCUUAUUCUAGGUAUUACUAACCCCAAAGGAGUAAAGAAGUACAUUGCAGCAGCUUUCCCUUCUGCCUGUGGCAAGACCAACCUGGCCAUGAUGACACCUUCCCUACCCGGAUACAAAGUAGAAUGUGUAGGUGAUGAUAUCGCUUGGAUGAAAUUUGAUGAAGAUGGAAUCUUAAGAGCAAUCAACCCAGAAAAUGGCUUCUUUGGAGUAGCUCCAGGUACCUCCAUGCACACAAACCCUGUGGCAAUGAAGACUGUUCUUUCAAAUACAAUUUUCACUAAUGUUGCAAAGACCAGUGAUGGUGGAGUCUUCUGGGAGGGUCUGGAAAAGGAAUUGCCUAAUAAUGUCACAAUCACUUCUUGGUUAGGAGACACAAACUGGUGCAAAGAAUCUGGAAAACCUGCUGCUCAUCCCAACUCGAGAUUCUGCACUCCUGCUGGUCAAUGCCCUAUCAUAGACCCUGCAUGGGAAGAUCCAAAAGGUGUUCCCAUUUCAGCUAUCUUGUUUGGUGGAAGAAGACCUGAAGGUGUCCCUCUGAUCUAUGAAGCCUUUAACUGGAGGCAUGGCGUAAUGGUAGGAGCAGCUAUGCGCUCAGAGGCCACAGCAGCUGCGGAACACAAGGGUAAGGUCAUCAUGCACGAUCCAUUUGCCAUGAGACCUUUCUUUGGAUACAACUUUGGUCAUUACUUGCAGCACUGGCUAAGUAUGGAACAGAGAACCGACAAACCCCUUCCUCAGAUCUUCCAUGUCAACUGGUUCAGAAAGGACGAGAAGGGCCGUUUCAUCUGGCCUGGAUUUGGCGACAAUGUCCGCGUUUUGGACUGGAUUCUGCAGCGUAUUGAUGGGGACAACGUUGGGGAAGAAAGUGCAGUGGGAAUUCUGCCGAAACCUUCCUCCCUGAAAAUGGAAGGUCUAGAAAACCAGAACAUUGACCUGGACGAACUUUUCAGACUUCCAAAAGACUUCUGGCAAAAGGAAGUUAGAGACAUAGCAAAGUACUUCUCGGAGCAAGUUGGUGACUAUCUGCCAAAUGAAAUAGCAGAGGAAUUGAAGAAGCUCGACAAACGCAUCGAGAAGCUGUAGAUUCCUUGACAUUCAGUACUCCCAUUUGGAAAUAGUUUGAUAACACCCAAUUCAGACUACACAUCCCUUGGAACGUAUAUAUUCUCAAGUAUUGUCAUUAUUUUUGCUUAGCCGAGUUUAAUUUUGUUUUGUGAGUGUUUUUUCUUCAAAAGGUGUAAGGAAUGAAUUCAUCCAUCGUUUUACUUCAUAACUGUGAUAACACUUAAACAUCGAUUUUAUUAUGACCGGUGUGUGCCGUACGUAGGUUUUACUACGCCUUAGAAUUGUAUCGUUUUAGUUCCAUAUAAUUAAUAAUAUCACCUGUGCUUUAUUUAUUGUGUUUUUAUAUCUUCUGAAAUAAACAAAAGCCACAAAAA